AUGGCACAUGGCCAUACCACUUCAUGUCUAGUUAGGAAACUUGUUACUGAGUUGGAGGUUACCUACAACGCCGACAAGUAUUACCAAAUAUUUAAGAACCGGGAAGAGGUUUCAAGAGCAAUACCUCAUAUUUACAGGAGCACAAAAGUUCUUGAGGGACAUGGAAAGACUUCCGGUUGUAAGAAGGGUAAAACACUGAUUCUCAAGGAGAGCACGACAUAUAACGAUGAAACAAGGAUGAUAUGUCACAGCGUUGUAGGAGGAGAUAUUGCAAAUCAUUACAAGAUAUUCAAUGCCACACUUCUGGUUAAGGGAAACUUUAGUAGUCAAGUGGCUGUAAUUGCCCACCCACUGUAG